AUGGCUGUCCAAAGCACUUGGCGAGCUGGCGAGUUCGGUGUCAGGCCUGCGCGCGUAGCCAAUUGUUCCGGAUAUCAUGGCGAUCCGGCAAUAGAGAUGUACAAGCAGGCAACGCUUGGCGACGUCGACUUUAUCACUGGCGACUACCUUGCCGAGGUCAACAUGGCCAACAAUGCUGAAGCGUACGCGCAAGGCAAGCAUAUGGGCUAUGAGGAAACCGCCUGGGAAGGUCUACAGCAGACUAUUGAUGUGAUAGCCCAGAAGCGCAUCAAGGUUGCCAUCAACGGAGGUGCGCUCAACCCCGGGGGCCUUGCUGUGAAGGUGGCUGGACUGGUCAAGGAAAGGGGCUAUGACUUGGUAGUCGCAUAUGUCGAUGGCGAUAAUGUGCUUCCCAGACUGGGAAAGACCAUGCCUCAAGAGAAGGAAAACGCUUUGCCGCAUCUCGACUCUGGCAAUCAGAACGUAAUUCUUGGAAACGAAUCCUUUCUUUUUGCCAAGAAUCGUGAUCGACCUCGCGAGAUUGUCUCUGCAAAUGCUUAUUUGGGCGCGCACUCUAUUUAUGAGGCCUUGGAAAAUGGCGCCGAUAUCGUCAUCUGCGGUCGUGUUUCUGAUGCUAGCCCAGUCAUUGCUUGUGCCUGGUACUGGUGGUCAUGGAAAAUUACCAACUAUGACGAGCUAGCAGGCGCUCUCAUUGCCGGACACUUGAUCGAAUGUUCAGCCUACGUUACUGGUGGUAACUUUGCGGGUUUUGGCGCCUUCAAUGUCGAUGACUUCAUCGAUCCCGGAUUUCCCAUUGCGGAGAUCGCUCAAGAUGGAACUUGUAUCAUCACGAAGCAUGCUGGCACUGGAGGCAUGGUUACCGUUGACACGUGUAGAUGUCAAUUGGUCUAUGAACUUCAGGGCAACGCCUAUCUCAACAGUGAUGUUACGGCCUACCUAGAUAAUAUCAUGAUGGAAGAAGUCGGCAAGGAUAGAGUCCGGAUCUCGGGCGUCCGUGGCGCUCCGCCGCCCAGCACCACUAAGCUCGCCAUAUUUUACAAGGGCGGAUAUGAAGUCCAGCUACUUUUCAACGCCACAGGUUAUGAUUUCGAGAAGAAGUUCGAGCUUUUUAGCAAGCAAGUCCAUUACUACAUGGAAAAGGAAUCUUUGCAACAGCUUGACGUGUUCGAACUUCAGCGUAUUGGCGUCCCCAUCAGCAACCCAUCGGACCAGAAUAGUAGUACAGGUUACUUCCGUAUCUUUGCCCAGUCGACCAACGUUGAGGCUCUUCAGGCCAUCAGUACUGCCAUACGCAACAUCUCACUAAAGCAUUUUUCAGGCUUCCAUAACUCUCUGGAUCAACGUUCAGCAAUUCCUCGUCCGUAUCUCGCUUACUACCCGGCCCUGUGGCGCCAACAUGACCUUGAAGAGCGCUUCCAUUUGGUAGAUUCCACUGGUACGACCAAAUCCUUCAGCACAUCUCGACCUCCUAGUUUCUCGGAGGUGAGCCAACGGCAGUCAUAUGAUACGAGAUUGCCCACCAAUAUCGAUGUUGAAUAUCGCAAGAUUCGACUCGGUGAUAUCGCUCUAGGCCGGUCCGGCGAUAAGGGUGCCAAUUUAAACUUUGGACUCUUUGUUCAUACACCGGCCGAGUGGGAUUGGCUGCGUUCGUACAUGUCUCGCGCCAAAGUACAGGAUCUCAUCGGUGACGACUGGAAGUCGGAGUUCUCCAUCGAGCGCGUCGAGUUCCCUGGAAUCUUCGCAAUACACUUCGUUGUUUACGGCAUCCUCGGGCGUGGAGUUAGUAGCUCGAAACGUCUGGAUGGGUUUGGAAAAGGCUUCAUUGAUUACUUCAGGGACAAGGAUGUCGAUGUGCCCAUUUCCAUUCUUACAUCCUGA